ACUGUAUAACCCUCAGAAUUUUCUUCUUUCCCGCACACACCAGAAACAAAAUCGAAACCUCGAAGCACCACCCAUGGCUGAAGGAGAGGACAAUGGCGAGUUCUACCUGCGUUACUAUGUAGGCCACAAGGGAAAAUUCGGUCACGAGUUUCUGGAAUUCGAGUUCCGGCCCGACGGCAAGCUCCGGUACGCCAACAACUCAAACUACAAGAACGACACUAUGAUCCGCAAAGAGGUCUUCCUCACCCCCGCCGUACUCAAGGAGUGCCGUCGCAUCGUCUCCGAUUCCGAGAUAAUGAAGGAAGAUGAUAACAAUUGGCCGGAGCCGGACCGUGUGGGGAGGCAGGAGCUGGAGAUUGUGAUGGGGAAUGAACAUAUUUCAUUCACGACCUCAAAGAUUGGUUCUCUUAUGGAUGUUCAGACUAGUAAAGAUCCGGAGGGUUUACGGAUCUUUUAUUAUCUGGUUCAGGAUCUAAAAUGUUUCGUCUUCUCUCUGAUCUCACUGCACUUCAAGAUCAAGCCCAUAUGAAGUUCUGUUUUGCCACAACAAGACAUGGAUUUUGGUGGUGCUUUUUAAAAGUUCAUCUAUUUGCGAAUUGUUUCCCCGGUGCUGGAAUUGGUCAUAUGGGUUGUUUGAGUUAGACAGAGGGUGCCAUACCCCCGUUAAUUUGCUGUUUUUCUUUUUAUUCGACUAUUAGAACCGUUUAAAUUCUUCUCUGUUUGCGGAUUUGACUCGUAGGUUUUGCACUCAGUUUGUGAAGAUGUAGAUCUGAUUAUCUAUCUUGUUACUAAUGAUUUGAUCAUAGCAAUUUUCGGAUGUGCUACUACCAUCACCUAUUAAGCACCAGUGCACUGUUUGAUGUUUUUCGAUUAAUGUUCUCACAUAAUUUGGGUUUGGUUUA